AUGAUUGUGGCAGCUGAGCUCAUUCCAUUCUGGCUCAAUCUCGCCAGCGGGUUUGUCAUGCUGAUCUGUAUAGUGGGGGCGGGCCUAUCGGCGCCCUGGCCUGCAUUGUGGGCGGCGUCAGAGCGCCAGCACGUUCUUCUUGGUGGUCUGCUGGCGCUGCUGUUCUUGUGGCUGCUCUCGUUUCAGGUCAUUGCGGGCGUCUGGAUACAUCUUCUUGGUGUCACCAGCCUGACGCUGAUUGUAGGUUGGCGCUUCACUAUUCUUGGCGCAACGCUGGUCCUUUUCGUUUUUCUCUGGUGGCUGCAGCAAUCCAUGUUGGCCGCACCUCUGGCCUGGCUGUUUUCUGUGCUGGUGCCAGCAACAACAACCAGACUGCUGGUCCAUUUUCUGCGCACCCACGCGUUGAGGAACCUGUUUGUUUACAUGCUGGGGGCAGGUUUCGGAGGUGGCCUGCUGAGUGUGUUAGUGCUGGGCAUCCUCGCUUUGCCAACCUUCUGGGUGAUCGGUCAGCCAGAAUGGAUAACCUUGUCGCUGGACAACUGGGCUUUCAUUCUGCUGCUGAUGUUCCCUGAAGGCUUCAUCAACGGCAUGCUGGUCACAGCUUUUACAGUUUUCUAUCCGGACGUCGUCAAGACGUUCAACGAAGACUUUUAUCUGAAGAUCGUCUCCGCGAAAGGUUUCAGCGAUCGGAUUAAAAACAGGCUCGAUCAACGGGGUGAUCGGGUGGAAAACCGCCUGGAUAAUCGGGGAGAUCGUGUGAAUGAUCGGCUGGAUGUGGCAUCACAGCGUGCAAAUGCGAAUGAUAAACCGCGUUAUGCCGCUCGUCUGGAUCGUAAAGGCGAUCAAAUAGAUCACCGCCUCGAUCGGAAAGGCAGCCGUAUCGAUCACCGCCUGGAUCGCAAAGACCUUAUGGAUCACGUUGGCUAUGCUGAUCAGAUGGUCAAUCCAGUCGAUCUAAACCAGUUUCUGGCAAGCGUGGAAAAGAGGGCGUAUAGCAUGGCUAUGGUUUCCGUGAGAAAUGUUGACGAUGCCUUAGAUAUCGUGCAAGACGCUAUGUUCACGCUGGCCAGAAAAUAUGGCAGUAAACCCAGCAACGAAUGGGCGCCGUUAUUCUAUCGUGUGCUCAACAAUCGCGUGAUGGAUUUCCAUCGCGCGAACAGCCGCCGGGCUGGGCUCUUCAGCCGGUUUGUUUUUACUGACGGUCAGCCACAGGAUGACAUUGAGCAGAUUGCCGGUUCGCCCCGGGACAAUCCGGAGUUUAGUCAGGAACUAGAUGCAUCUACGGCGCGCUUGUUUGAGAGUUUGGCUCAACUACCCGCCCGCCAACAGCAGGCGUUUAUGCUGCGUGCCUGGGAAGGUCAACAACUGCGCGAACAGGAGCAGAUUCUCGCCCAGGUAUCUCAGGCUAGGCUACCCGUGCUGGAUGAUGAAGAAAUGGCGGCGGCGCUGCAUGUUGAGCUGCUGGAAGAACUUGAGUUUGUUGCCUGGAUGAUGACUGAGGAGGUUCUUUCCGAGGAAGGUCAACUGCCAGUUGAGAUGUCUUUCCUGGAAUACCUGGGCGCCAUGAUUGAAGUAGAUGGACAAUUACUCGACGUUACCGAAGUGUUUUCCCGGGAGAUUCAAGACGCUGGGCAACCUGCCCAGAUAGAAAACAACAAUGACACAUCUGCUGAAUUGCCCGUGGGGCUGCCGGAGGUUCGACAAUGA